UAUAAAGCCUGCUUAUUACGAGACUGGUUGUGGACGAAAACAGAAGUCUAGCCACGAGGCGAACAUGUUUAUAACGUAUUUAGUGCUAGCUGCGACGCUUCAUGUUUGCACGUCGGCCGCGGAGCCUGUAGCCAACCGCCCGGCCCACACCGUCACUGUCUUACAACGCAGAAGAUAUCAAGGUUCGGAACAGAUAGCGUCAGAGGAAUAUAACACAGAAGAAUACCACAGCAAAGAAGACGAAGAAGAAUGGGAAUCGAAAGAACAGAAAUAUUCUUUUGAGAACGCCUCCGACGAAAUCGUCGAGGCUAAAUCAUUAGGGUCAUAUCAUAACGAGACUAACCGCGAUAGUAACCUUGUCGAUAACUUGCCUGGCAUGAUUAACGAUUCUGUAGAUAAAAUAUACCGUUAUACAAAACCCAUGGAGGCGGCGGCGGACCUGACAGAUUCGAGAGACAUAACCGAGGUUUUACACGAACUAACCGGAUUUAAAGAUGAGACGAUGGUUGUAGCUUACUUCAAGACAACGGCCGGCUUGAAAACUGACGAAGAAGCGUACGAGUUUCUGAAGACAUGCAGAGGAGCCAGGGGUAUGAGGUUCACAGUGAAACUGCUCAAGAAACUAACGGGCACUGCGGAUCUGAAGGUUUACGUUCAUCUCAUCAAGAUAAUAACCGGGGAAGACGAUGCCGUACAGGGUCUAAGGGUGAUACAGAAACUGACAGGACAUUAUGACAUUGACGGAAUUAUUGAGAUUCUUCAGCGGAUAUCCGGCAGAAUAAGCAUGUCGGACCUCAUUGAAUUCUAUGAACACAACGGAGAUCACACGACGGGUCUGGAGGGUAUCAGUCACCAAAUUUACAAGCUGACGGGAGACGCCGGGCCCAAGGAGUUCCCGGGGGUCUUUGAGGCCUUGAAGUCAGAAGUUGACUGGACAGCUACCUUCAACGUGCUUGUGACUGUGAUGAGAUGCAACGACAUCAGCGAGUCCAUCGGUGAUCUGAAGAAGCUGCUCGGCGUGCAGACCUUCCCGGAGGCGAUCGACGCCAUGAAGCUGGCGACGGAACAGAUCCAUUUCAGAUACGCGCUGGAAUCAUUCCUGGAGGAAACUGGAAGAGUUAAUCUGAAAGUCAUCAUUACGACUCUGUAUCAGCUGACAGGAAAAACGGAUCUGCUAUCUGUUCUCCGAGAGCUACAGAGAUUGUACAAAAUUAAUAAUAUAAUAAAGGUAUUUCAGACAGUGAAUCGCAUUUCCAAGAAGAGAGAUCCGCUGGUUGUGCUGAACAACCUGGUUGACAUCACGUCCGCGGCCAACCUGAGCGACUGCAGCUCCGUCUUCACGGGACUCACCUUCAAACAGAUGACGGCGCUGGAGGUGAUCGAAAAGAUUCAACUGGAGACAGGAUGCACCGACCUCGUGGACUUCCUGAAGGGAAUGCUCUCCGUCACAGGAAGCAGAGGUCUCCUGAAAUCCUGGCAGGUGAUCGUGACCGUGACAGAAAAGAACGAUAUAUUUGUUUUGAUAAGUACACUGAAGCAGUACACAUCAGCGGACCUGGUCACCGUGUUUCGUUUUCUACAACGGAUUACAAACACCAUCAAUAUCGUUCAAGCCGUCGACAAGAUCAAUGAUUUGCUGGAAGUCAAAGGUUUCUUUGAAUGGAUCGAGACACUUCAUCACGCCGCUGACGCCGACGUGUUCGAGUUCUUGCAAGCCUUCACUAGCUUAAGUCCGCGGUCAUUACUGGAAGAAGCCAUUGAAACAACUAUGCAUUAUACCGAUGUAUACGGUAAUUAUAAUUUUUCAGUACCAAUACAGGCUAUCGAAGAUUUAAAAGCGGUUACCCAACAAGACGAUAUAAUUAAAGCUAUAAACUACAUAAAGGCGAAGAAACCUAAGUUGACCGUAACAACAACAAAACAAGCGCAAAUAACGACAAACCAAGAAACAAGCGCUGAAACAACAGAGAAGCAAAUUACGGAACACGAAAAUGCUUCCGACACAUCGGAACACUUGGAUCACUCUAAAGAACAGACCACGAAUGAACAAAAGCCAGAAGAAACAGAACACAGCGCGGAAACCACAACUAAACAAGCAGAAUUAACGACUGUAGCAUCUUUAGAGACAACUACAGCACCAACCACAGAAGCGGCUUCAGAAACCACUUCAGAGGCAACUUCGGAAUCAACCCCAGAGGCAACUUCAGAAUCAACCCCAGAGGCAACUUCAGAAUCAACCCCAGAGGCAACUUCAGAAUCAACCCCAGAGGCAACUUCAGAAGCAACCACAGAGGCAACUUCAGAAUCAACCCCAGAGGCAACUUCAGAAGCAACCACAGAGGCAACUUCAGAAUCAACCCCAGAGGCAACUUCAGAAUCAACCACAGAGGCAACUUCAGAAUCAACCACAGAGGCAACUUCAGAAUCAACCACAGAGGCAACUUCAGAAUCAACCCCAGAGGCAACUUCAGAAGCAACUCCGGAACCAACAGCAGAACCAACUGUACAGUCAACUACAGAAUUAACUUUAGGCCCUACCACAGAGUCAAAUAUAGCACUGACUACCGAGGGAACUGCAGAGCCUACUACCGAAACUACAACAGAAUCUAAAAUUGACUUAGAGACAACAACAGCAACUCCCGAACCAACAGAACCGGCCACAGAAAGCGGGACCAAAACAGAAACGGUAACGGAACAAAAAACUGAAAGUAGUUCUGGAAAAGAUUCAUCUGAAACUACGAUUACUACGAUCAGUACUACGACUACCAAUACUACUGAGCAGUCAAAUAAUCCCGAAAACAAUCCACAACCAGCGAAUGACAAUGAGGGAAAACCAAAUACUUCUGAACAAGAAAAUAAGAUACCAAUUCAAAAUGAUACACAAACCAUAGAAACGAAAGAUGAUGGACUUAAGGCACCAGAAGGGGACAAUAAAACAACGCCUUUAGACACAUCCAAGGAUGGAGAUAUCCACCCAUCAACAAACGAACCAGCGACGCCCUCUGGUGAAGCUAGUGACACUAAACAAUCAGACAAACAAGAAAAUGUUUUAAACAAUCAAACCGAACCCACAACAGAGGCUCCUGCUAAUCAAGGCACAAUCCCAAGUUCGGAAAAACCAAUUGAGAGUAACAAACCGACAACGACUGAAGAGCAAAAGGAGAGUACAUCUACAGCCGAUAAAGGUGACGCUAGGAACGAACCAGAACCUGCUGAUGAACCGGUUCCUGCAGAUAAAACUCCGGCAGGCAAUGACCAAAAGGUUUUGAAUGAUAGCCCGAACGCGCCUAGUUCAGACUCUCAAACACCCAAACCGCUUGAUCAAGAACAAACAACAGCCUCUCCUCCGGAAUCACAAAUCACAGAUGCGGGAACGACUGAGGAUCCAAAUAAAAAUGUUGCCAAUGAAACGACCUCACAACCCUCACCCACUGGCGGAUCCAGUACAACAACAGAAGCAACUACUGUGACUAGUGUUCCGGAAAACUCCGGCGGAACUCCUGAAGCAGCUAAUAAUAAUAGUGAGAAAUCACCAAGCAACGAAAAUCAAAUUUUAUCUACCGAUAAACCCCAAGAUGCAAACAUAACCAGUUCACCAAGCGGUGAUACGUCCGCUAAAAGUCCUGAAGAUUCCUCACCUGGCACAUCAACCUCAUCAGAUGUUACUCCAGACCAGAAACCUGUUUCUGAAAUAACAAGCGACAAACCUACAGGAAUAACACCCACUAGUGUUAGCACGGGGAGUCUUGACAAACCUGGAAACGAAAACGAACCGACGACACCAGCCACGACAGAUGAAGCCCAAAACACAACUGAGAGCCCGAAAAAUGAAGAAGAAUCACCAAGCGAUAAGGAAUCAGUGACCAGUACCACCCAAAAUAGCGCAGACGAUACCUCCGAGACUCCAUCGAGCACCACAACAGACAAAACACCGAAUGAUGAGAGCUCUAGUCCCAAAAUCGAUUCUUUAGACCCAAAAGACAAACCUGAAGCCUCUGGACCAAAAGACGAAGUACAAUCUACCGAGUCUCAGUCUACACCUGCGCCACCCAGCCUAAAACCUAACCAGGACCCAAGUACUUCUGGACCCCAGGAUCUUUCAACAGACCCGCAAGCUCUCCAAGUGUCGAUGAAUCUGAAACUCCUCAUCCUACCCAAGGGACCAAAAAACACAAAGAAUUGCUACUGCGCCUGCGAGGGCCAGGAACCGCCCAAACUGGUCCCGAUGCGACAACUUCCGGUCGGGAUAACUAGUGUAGAUAAAAAUUAACAGUAGUCCGUACACGAUCCACAAACCUUCUCUAGAUUAAUUUCAUAUAUCCUACAAGUAAUGCUCUUUGUGUUGUAACAAGUGUAUUUAUUAAUUAAAUAAACUUUGUGAUGGCGUCUAAA